AUGACAGCGAGCUGGCGAUCGUUGGUGGAAAAGAGACGUGACAAUCCUUAUUGGUCAGCAAAUAAGCUCAGGCGUGCAUCGAAGAAGGCCGGAGAGAUGAUCCUUGCCGCGCGCCGGGUCACUGCUCGAAGAGCAUCGCGCAUCAUCGACAGUUGGCCACGGCCGGAGCUCACCACAUCGUUGGUCAAUUGCAGGAGCGGACAAUUCGAGGGAUCCAGCCGGCGGCCAUGUCGAGCGAGAUUGGUGGCGAAGAGAAACGAAAAAGAAAACGGAGGUCACACACGUUACAGAUGGGUGUGUGAAGUGGUUUUACACAGCCACACCAGCGUACGAAUCAGCACCCCCAUGACUGCAUUCUCGCACGCUUUGCCGCUCGCGCCGCCUGCAUGUGCACUUCCUACUCAUCUUUAA